UACAUCCUAUAACACACAGGGCUAUCCAUCUAACACGACAACAGCUCGUGCGACCACAUGAAUCCCUUCCUCAUUUCACCACUCCUGCAGCCUCUCAGGGCCAAUGUAUCAGCCCGCAUCACUACUAUUACACGAAACGAGAGAUCUCCUUAUACGCGCAGAUUCACGCCGUGGCGCGCGCGCUUUUGGAGAGGGGGACAGGAGCGCGCACAUGUAUCCGAAGCUCGUUUAUCUGUGCAGCGCUAGCUAUAGAGAGUCAGUACCGCAAGUGAAGAGGGACUCAUAAGUUACCAGCAUCGGGGUAGCUUCACCAAGAAGCGCAAAACCGAGCAGCUUUCCAGGUGGAUGAGCGGGUGAGGAGGAGGAGGAGGAGGAGGGGGGAAGAGAGAAAGCGGAAGGAUGCUGAACCAAGCAGAUCCAGGAUCUGCAGCUUCCUCACCUCAUCAGCGCCAACGCGGGAUCCUCCUGUAACUUUUCACGCGCUGAAGUUAAUCCGAGCUGUUUGUCGUCGCUCUGAUUCCGUCCGGUUUGGCUGAAGCGCUGCUCCUCGCCUGCCAUGGUCGGCUCGUCGGUCCACGGCGCGCUCUUUCUGUGCGCCUUCCUCCAGCUGUUCUCCCUGCUCGGCGGACAGGUGCCAAACUGCCAGGAGGUGCGCACGGUGUUCCAGUCUCUGCACCCGGGCUCCAAGUGGGUCCCCGAAACCCCGGUGUCAGGUUCGGAUCUGCAGGUUUGCCAAACCAAAGGCCCGACCUGCUGUUCCAAGAAGAUGGAGGAGCGGUAUCAGGUAGCCGCACGCAGCAACAUGGAGUCUGGCCUGCAGGUUGUCAGCGCUCAACUCAAACGGCUCAUCAUCCAGAAUGCUGCCAUAUUCCAAGAGGCCUUUGACCUGGUGCUGCGCCACGGCCGUAAUUCCACCCUGGCCAUGCUGAAGUCAGAGUUUCCAGGUCUCGGAGCCGGGGCCCAGAGCUUGGUGGGGCAGCUCUUCCUGGACAUGUCGCUCUACAUCCUUGGCUCAGACUCUGCAGUGGAGCACAUGGUGACGGUGCUCUAUGGCCGCCUCUUCCCCCUCACAUACCGCCGCCUUCUGGGGGGCAGCGUAUCCUCUGCGUCUGAGGAGUGUGUAAGAGGAGCCUGGAAGGACUCAGGAGCAUUUGGCCCUUAUCCCAAACUGAUGAUGACCCGUCUGUCUCGCUCCCUCCUGGCCACCCGAGUAUUCCUGCAGGCGCUGAACCUGGGCAUCGAGGUUGUCAACACAACAGACCACCUGCGGCCAGGCCGGGACUGUAGCCGGGCCCUGCUGAGGCUGUGGUAUUGCCCGCACUGCCAGGGCAUGCUGGGGCCGCCGGCCUGCAGAGGCUUCUGUCAGGCUGUGAUGCACGGCUGCCUUGGGGGUGCAGCUGAGGUGCAGCCUCACUGGAGGAGCUACGUAGACGGACUGGGGAAGCUGGCUGGUUCCAUGAGGGGAGAGCAGGACAUGGAGGCUGUUGUUCUUAGACUGCCUUCAAUGAUCAAACUGGCCCUAAAGCACGCUGUGAACGCACGCAGCCGCCUCAGUGCCCUGGUGAACGGGAUGUGUGGACACACUCCUCAACGGGCCUCUCGCUCAGUCGCAUCUCCCCCUCCUCAGCCUCCCGCUGUCUCUGCAGCCCGCAACUCACAGCCCUCAUCCCCGGACUCUGAUGAGACUUUGGCUGGCCUCUGCAGGGAGUUCAUAUCCAGCCUGAGGGGCUUCAGCUCCUUCUACAGUGGCCUCGGGGAGGCGUUGUGCAGCCGUGAGCCUGCUUCAGCGAACCACUCCCUCUGCUGGAAUGGGCAAGAGAUGACAGACAGGUUUCCCGGGCCCGGCCUAAAGCGACUGCACCCUGGCUCUGAGUCCAGGAGCAACAAACCCCCUGAGCCAAUCAUCAGCCAGAUCAUAGACAAACUCAAACACAUCAACCAGUUGCUGCGGCUUGUGACGGUAUCUGAAAAGCGCUGGAGAGCCCGGUCGCGUGGGGCCGGAGUGGAUGGGUGGAGCGACGAGGGGGAAGAGGGAUUCGAGAGCGGCGACUGUGACGACGAAGACGAGUGCACCGGGGUGUCAGGGUUGGGGCCGCCACCAAGACGCAAACGGUUGCGCAUCUUUGCAGACCUUGCUGAUAACCUUGCAAUGGACGACUUCACCUUCCAGGAGCAGCUGCUGACCCCUCGGUUGGCCACGGCCGGCGUCGGAGGCGUCUCCUCGCCCGCUGCUCCGCUCUGGAGGAGUUACCUGGUCCCGACGCUCCCUGUGGUGCUCGCCCUGCUCCUGGUUUGUCACCACUGACCGGUGCACUCACACUCUCCCAUCACCUCUUUCCCUUAGGAUUCAAAACAAAACUCUGCAGAACAUGAAAAACUUCUGUAAAGUUCUGAUUCCUGAUGUAAAAGUUCAGUGGCUCGUCAAAGGAAGCAUGAACAACAGAAAAUGCUACAUUUCUCUUUAUCUGUCUCAGCAAGAACUUGUUUUGUUUUAUUCUAAAUCACUGGAUGUUCUCAGCAAACCUAUUAAAGCUCACCAGAUAAAUCCAUGGCAUUGUGUAAAUAAGAAACUUGCCCUCUGGUCCACACACUAUGGUUGUUACAACUGCUGUGCCCUCUGGCCUCACCUCCUCUAUGCUCUCAUACUGACUUCUGUAUAGUUACAAAGUGGCAAGGACCCCCAUCAUUAGUCAGCUUUGUUUUGGGUCUGUAAGUGAGGAGCUACUUGGAAAACAGACACACAGCUGACGUUUUUAAAAUGCUCUCACUCCCAGUCUGCAACAAGUUAUUGCCCCGCAGGAACAAGCCGGAGGAAGAGGAAAGCUUUUGCUACUUUCCUCCAUGGCAGUGAAUGAUCUCCUGCCAGGAAUGGACUUCAGCUGGUCACUUGUUUUAGAGCACUCCUUAUUCCACAAGGCUGAGGUGAAACCCUCAUUUAAAGAUGCACUGUACCUUCAAAUUGCUCCGUUACUACGUAAAUCUUUCUCUCUCAUUGUUUGUGUCCUAGUGAUAGCUAAAGCUAGUGAUAGCUGACUUCAGACUGAUUCCCUCAACUCAAGUGUUUUCACUCCGACUAUCAGUGUUUGCUUUAUUUUGUAAGGCUGACCAUUUUUUUUUUAUCAGGAACAGCCCUGUGAUAGAAAAAGACUCAAUGGCUGUUAGUCUUCAUAUCAGCCUGAUAACUGUACAGAUGUAUGUUCUCUGUGUUGGUGCCAUGUUUACAAAGAUAUGUUGAUUUACAAUAUCGACAUAUUUCAUAAGAAAAUGUGGUUUGUGGACUGAAUUAUUGGAUGGACUGUGAAGCGUUGCUGCAUUUCUAGCUUAUUCUUUAGCACUGUGGGUAAUGCAAGGAGUCAUAUGAGAUAUAAAUAUGUAUAAAGCUAUGUGUAAAUGAAUUUGUAUUGUUGGUUUGUGUUGGGCUCAUACUUUUAAAGCUGUUUCCUUUGUAUUGAAUCAUUUGUUCUUUAGUGUUUUGUUUAAACCAGAUGUCAGAUUUUUUUUAUUGUUUGUUUAAUUUUGUUUGGUUUUCAAAAUGAAUGUGGUGUAAACUGGAUUCCAGCUCCCUUGUUGUGGGACAUGUGAUGAAUGUGUGCAGAGAUGCUAAUUAAAAGCUGGAAAUGUGUCUGCUGUUGCUGCCUCACGGCUGACUUUCAUGUUAAUACCCAUCAAACAUCCAGACCAAUGGCAGAUAUGGGAGUGGAGGUUGAUAAAAACUAAUGAUCAGUGUUUUUUGUUUGUUCAUUUCAGCUGAAAUGUUUAUGGGGAACGUACAAUGUAAAAUAAACGAAACAUGUUUUAUUGU